AAUUACGUAAUUUCGCUUGUCCUGUUUGCACCCUUUGAUCAUCCGACUCAGAGAGAGCGAGAGAGACGGGUGAGAGGAGGGAGGGAGAGAGAGAGAGAGAGGGAGAGGGGGAGAGAGAUUAACGGAAGGGAAUCGGAAGUAUUGGGUUCCGGCAAUAUUCGUCUUCUCCCCUACAAAACCGUCACAUAUACAUUUCUGAAUAUGCCAUAAUAAAUUUCUCUUCAAUUUCUUUAAUUUCCACUUUCCUCACCGCCAUUUCGAACGAAGAGUUUUCGCCCUUUCUGAAAUGGAUGGAUCAACUAGCCGAGGCGGCGGCGGUGUGGAUAUGUUUUUACCAAACUAUAAGCUAGGGAAAACUCUUGGCAUCGGUUCAUUUGGUAAGGUUAAAAUUGCAGAGCAUGCAUUGACUGGGCAUAAAGUUGCUAUCAAGAUUUUGAACCGUCGUAAGAUACGGAAUAUGGAAAUGGAAGAAAAAGUGAGAAGAGAAAUCAAAAUUCUGAGAUUGUUCAUGCAUCCGCACAUUAUACGUCUCUAUGAGGUUAUAGAGACUCAGUUAGAUAUCUAUGUUGUCAUGGAGUACGUGAAGUCUGGCGAGCUCUUUGAUUAUAUCGUAGAGAAGGGUAGGUUACAGGAGGAAGAAGCACGUAAUUUUUUUCAGCAGAUUAUAUCCGGUGUGGAGUACUGUCACAGGAAUAUGGUUGUUCAUAGAGACCUCAAACCUGAGAACCUGCUUUUGGAUUCUAAAUGCAAUGUGAAGAUUGCUGAUUUUGGUUUGAGCAAUAUCAUGCGAGAUGGUCAUUUUCUGAAAACUAGUUGUGGAAGCCCAAACUAUGCUGCUCCAGAGGUUAUUUCUGGGAAGUUGUAUGCUGGGCCUGAGGUGGAUGUAUGGAGCUGUGGUGUUAUAUUGUAUGCCCUUCUUUGUGGUACUCUUCCUUUUGAUGAUGAAAACAUUCCCAACCUUUUCAAGAAAAUAAAGUGUGGAAUGUAUACACUUCCCAGCCAUUUGUCUCCUGGUGCAAGAGAUUUAAUCCCUAGGAUGCUUGUUGUUGAUCCUAUGAAACGAAUGACUAUUCCUGAGAUUCGUCAGCAUUCAUGGUUCCAAGCUCAUCUUCCACGUUACUUAGCUGUGCCCCCACUAGAUACAAUGCAGCAGGCCAAAAAGAUUGAUGAGGAUGUUCUUCAGGAAGUGGUCAAUAAGGGGUUUGACAAGGCCCUUGUGGUUGAUUCUCUGCGCAACAGAAUACAAAAUGACGCUACAGUUACAUACUACUUGAUAUUAGACAACCGAUUCCGUGUUUCCAGUGGCUAUCUUGGAGCUGAGUUUCAAGAAAAAAUGGAUCCUGGUUUUAUGCAUCAAAGUGAAGCUUCAGCUGUUGGACAUCGACUUCCUGGAUAUAUGGAAUAUCAGGGGAUUGGUUUUAGGCCCCAGUUCCCUAUCGAGAGGAAAUGGGCUCUUGGACUACAGUCUCGAGCCCAUCCUCGUGAGAUAAUGACAGAAGUUCUUAAAGCCCUGCAAGAACUGAAUGUUUGUUGGAAAAAGAUUGGACACUACAACAUGAAGUGCCGGUGGCUUCCUGGCAUGCCUGGCCACCACGAAGGUUUGGGUAACAAUCCUGUGCACAGUAAUCACUACUUUGGGGAUGAUUCAACCAUCAUUGAGAAUGAUGGCAUUAUUAGGUCACCAAAUGUGGUCAAGUUUGAAGUGCAGCUUUACAAAACUGGAGAGGAAAAAUAUUUGCUUGAUCUACAGAGGGUUCAGGGUCCCCAGUUUCUCUUCUUGGAUCUAUGUGCUGGUUUCCUUGCUCAGCUCCGCGUCCUUUAAAAAUGAGGGCUUUAGAAGACAACCGCCAUUGUCAGCGAAUCAUACGACAUGACUCUUGUGAAUAAAAGUCACUGUAGUGCUGUUUAAAGUUGUGAAUAUAUUGUUGUUGGGAGCCUCUGUUUUGUGUUUUAUCAUUGUAGUGCUGUUUCUAGCUGAUCUUUGGUUGUUGAGAUUGGCCAACAUAUUGGUAGACUGGGUUUUUGCAUGGUCUGCCCCUUAAAUUAGGACUUUGGCUUCCUCAUGUUAUGUUGCUCCUGCUUAAGGAUGGAUGGACUUUGUGAAUCAUUAUCAAACAAUAGGGUCUUUUGCGUUU